UGGAUGUACAACGACAAACCCGGAGGUGAACUCUUCCACCGGUUAGGCGUGAAUGAGCGACGAGGGACGGAUUUCAUGGAACUUGCAGGUUAAACCGGAGAUAGAAAUUUUUAUUUUUUGGCAUACUCUGCUUUUUAUGAGUAAACAUGUCUCCCGAUGAGCUGGUAUAUUUGGGCGUCCUUGCUGCCUCCAUCCCUGUUGGGUUCCUCUUUCGCUAUCUCAGUUCGUCUGUGAAGCAGGUGGCAUCUCUCUUCCUGGGUUUGUCCAUCACCAUCGCUUUGUGUCACAUCCACACUCUGCACUCCCUGGUGACGGUGAUAGGAACAUGGAUUAUCAUUAAGAGCAGCUGGCGGCAUGCCCCAGCACUGAGUCUCAGCUGGACGUUUCUCUACCUGCUCUUUUUCCGUCUGGUCACCUGGUUCAAUCUUCCCCAGCCAACACCGUUUGCCAAUGCCGUCCAGCUACUCCUCACACUUAAGAUGGUCAGUCUUGCCAAUGAGGUGCACAGCUUCCAUGUAGAGAAGAAGAGAGAUGUGAGCUCCUUUGCUAAGUCUCCAGUCAUUGGUGGUCUGUCUCAAGAACCUUCCCUCUACGACAUUCUGUCCUAUAGUUACUGUUAUGUUGGUAUAAUGACCGGCCCGUUCUUCCGCUUCCAAACAUACAUGGACUGGCUGAAGCAGCCGAACCCGCUGGCUCUGCCCAGCUGGGAACCUUGUCUACAACGCUUGAAGAUGGUCCCAGUUUUCGGGGUUCUGUUUGUGACCGUCAACUACUACUUUCCACUUUCUUACGUCCGCACAGACGAGUUCCUGGACCAAAACAUUUUCUUCAGGUUAUUCUACAUGGUCGCAGUGUUUUUUGUGUUCAGGAUGCGUUUCUAUUCGGCGUGGUGUGGCGCUGAGGCAGGCUGCAUCAGCGCAGGUCUCGGCUGCUAUCCUGAGAAAGCGCUUUCAAAACCUGGAGGAGGACCCACCGUGAACUACAGCCCUGAUCCCAGCACUGAAGAGAAAUACAACUUCAAAACCAUCCAGAACAUUGAUUGUUACAACACGGACUUCUGUGUGAAGGUCCGACACGGGAUGCGUUACUGGAACAUGACGGUGCAGUGGUGGCUGCACCACUACAUCUACCCAAACGCCCCCUUCAAGUCCUACGCACUCAGAGCUGGAUGGACCAUGUUCAUCAGUGCCUACUGGCACGGAUUACACGCAGGUUACUACCUCUCCUUCCUCACCAUCCCGCUGUGCAUGGCAGCAGAGUCUGCCAUGGAGUCUGCCGUCAGAUCCAAACUGGGUCCCACCGGACAGAACGUCUUCGACUGGAUCCACUGGUUCCUGAAAAUGAGGGCCUAUGACUACAUGUGCAUGGGCUUCGUGCUGCUGAAGGCGUCCGACACCAUCAACUACUGGAUGUCCAUCUACUUCACCAUGCAUGUCAUUGCCGUCGGCUGCAUAAUAGUGGGCAAGGUCUUGAAGGGGGGGAGGAGAGACGGGAAGAAAGGGGAGAAGGAGCGAAUAAAUGAGGAGAUGACUGAACACAUGAAAACUGGACAGAAAUCAGAAUGAAUGGAGGAACAGAAAAGGACUGCUUUUAGCUUUUAGUCAUGUUUCUACCAACAGACAUGACAUCGGUCCAAGACGGUUUCUUCUUAGAAAAGUCCGUUUUAUUAAAAAUGCAGUUAAGAGUGUCACUUGUGGAACUCCGUUAAAAAUAACUACUAAAGCUGUUUUUGUUUCUGUACAGUCAUGGCCAAAAGUAUUGAGAAUGACACAAAUAUUAUAUUUUCACAUGAUCUGCUGCCCUCUGGUUUUCAUGUGUGUAUGUCAGAUGUUGUCAUCACAUACAGAAAUACAAUUGCAAUCAUAUGAGUAACAAAAGCUUUUAAUGACAGAAUGAGUUAAUGCAGCAAGUCAAUAUUUGCAGUGUUGACCCCUCUUCUUCAGGACCUCUGCAAUUCUCCCGGGCAUGCUCUCAAUCAAUUUCUGGACCAAAUCCUGACUGAUAGCAGUCCAUUCUUGCACAAUCAAUGCUUGCAUUUUGUCAGAAUUCCUAGGUUUUCGUUUGUCCACCCGUCUCUUGAUGAUUGACCACAAGUUUUCAAUGGGAUUAAGAUCAGGGGAGUUUCCAGGCCAUGGACCCAAAAUCUCUAUGUUUUGUUCCCCGAGCCAGUUAGAUAUCACCUUUGCUUUAUGGCAAGGUGCUCCAUCAUGCUGGAAAAGGCAUUGUUCAUCACCAAACUGCUCUUGGACGGUUGGGAGAAGUUGCUCUCAGAGGACAUUCUGGUACCAUUCUUUAUUCAUGGCUGUGUUUUUAGGUAAGACUGUGAGAGAACCGACUCCCUUGGCUGAGAAGCAACCCCACACAUGAAUGGUUUCAGGAUGCUUUACAGUUGGCAUGAGACAAGACUGGUGGUAGCUCUCACCUCGUCUUCUCCGAACAAGCUGUUUUCGAGAUGUCCCAAACAAUCGGAAAGGGGAUUCAUCAGAGAAAAUUACUUUACCCCAGUCCUCAGCAGUCCACUCCCUGUACCUUUUGCAGAAUAUCAGUCUGUCCCUGAUGUUUUUCCUGGAGAGAAGUGGCUUCUUUGCUGCCCUCCUUCAGACCAGGCCUUGCUCCAAGAGUCUCCGCCUCACAGUGGGUGCAGAUGCACUCACACCUGCCUGCUGCCAUUCCUGAGCAAGCUCUGCACUGCUGGUAGCCCGAUCCCGCAGCUGAAACACUUUUAAGAGACGGUCCUGGUGCUUGCUGGUCUUUCUUGGGCGCCCUGGAGCCUUUUCGGCAACAAUGGAACCUCUCUCUUUGAAGUUCUUGAUGAUGCGAUAGAUUGUUGCCUGAGGUGCAAUCUUUCUAGCUGCGAUUCUCUUUCCUGUUAGGCCAUUUUUGUGCAGUGCAAUGAUGACUGAACGUGUUUCUUUCGAGAUAACCAUGGUCCACAGAAGAGAAACAAUGAUGCCAAGCACCAGCCUCUUUUUAAAGUGUCCAGUGGUGUCAUUCUUACUUAAUCAUGACAGAUUGAUCUCCAGCCCUGUCCUCAUCACCACCCACACCUAUGUUAAUGGAGCAAUCACUGAAACGAUGUUAGCUGGUCCUUUUAAGGCAGGGCUGCAAUGAAAUUGAAAUGUGUUUUGGGGGAUAAAGUUCAUUUUCGAGGCAAAUAUUGACUUUGCAAUUAAUUGCUGUUACGCUGAUCACUCUUUAUAACAUUCUGGAGUAUAUGCAAAUUGCCGUUAUAAAAACUGAAGCAGUAGACUUUGUAAAUAUUAACAUUUGAAUCAUUCUCAAAACAUUUGGCCAUGACUGUAGAUUCACCUAUAAUGCAGUGAAUCUUGGGAGAGGAACUGGGAGAGUGAAUGUUGCUUUUAUUUUGUUGAAUGUAUCAGUGACGUAGGAAGUUAUACAUCGAGACCAAAAGUCUAGACUUGGUUUUUAGGAACUGUCGAAUAAAAAUGUGAUAAAUAUCACAAACAGACAAAUGCUAGGAAUGUAUCAAGAAAUAUUAUAUAUUGUAAUUGGACAUAUUCUUAAAUGUAAAUCUUAAAUCAGCUAAUGUUUAAUUCAAAUUUGUUCAUGCUGAAGAAAGGAAUUUACAAGAUGUUUUUCUAUCAAAAUGCAUUAAGCAAGUGUUAAAUAUUAACAUUUCAGCUCUUCAACUUCUUGGAUCCUGUGAACUCAAAAAGUUGGUAUAGUUGGAUCUUUAUUCCUUCAUUUUCCUCCCGCUGUUAGGACUUCAGAUGAAAUGAUGAACAUAUCCAGUCUCCUCUGCAGCCGUGUUGUUUCCACUGUGUGGCGUCCCAUGUGAAAUACUGCUAAUGUCCAUUUACUGCCAAAAUAUCUGCACUGCCGCUACGCACCAUUCAGGGUCGGGACUAAACUUUUAAAAGGUUUCUAGUCUUCUUGUUGUUCCAUUAUGCUGCCAAUAUUGUAUAUAGUAACACUGUGUGGCCUAGCAACACCCACAAAAUCAAGAUAAUGGUUUUAUUUCUUUUUUUAAGGUGAGUAUAUAUUACAAUGUUUUAAAAAAAAGGUUUGUUUUCCAAUGGGAGCAUUACUGUGAUUUAAAAAAGAUAACAAACCAAAGUUUGCAUCUUUUUUCCCGAUUCACCAUCUUUAAUAUGGAUAAGUCCCAAAAAAUUAUAACCAAGAGUUAUAGAAAAGCCCUAAAUACGUUUGAUAAUAUAUUGUUUAGAAAUAUUUUUUGUGUUUCAUUCAUGCUUGACCUAAACUGUGUCAUUUUGUCGUACGUUUGUUUUGUACUGCAGGUUGUUGAAUCUUUUCUGCUGUUUGGAAGGAGGGUCAUUUGAAAUGCAAAUAGUUUUUAAAACCCACACAGUGACAGUUUGUUUUCAUACUGAUGGUUGUUACACUUUGGGUCUGUAAGAAACCUAACCCUGGGUAUUUAUUUUUCCUCCUUGUGUUUGUGUUUUAAACCAUUCUUCUUGCUUGGAAACAGAAUUAUAUAUAAAAUCUGCCAUUUUGUA